GAAGGAGACGAUAGCUCGCACAAAAUCCUGCGUCCUCAAACCAGCCCCGGCAGGCAGGGUGUUUGGAAGGGGCGCGUGCUGGCUGGGCCGGGGGCUGCCAUGGUGCUGGCCCCCGCCGCAGGAAGAUAGCGGAGAUGGUGGCCUGAGGGCGCGGGGCGUGCGCGCAGACAUGGCCUUCGCCCAGUCCCACAUCAUGGCAGCCAGGAGGCACCAGCACAGCCGCCUCAUCAUCGAGGUGGAUGAGUACAGCUCCAACCCCACACAGGCGUUCACGUUCUACAACAUUAACCAGGGACGCUUCCAGCCCCCGCAUGUGCAAAUGGUUGAUCCUGUGCCCCACGAUGCUCCGAAGCCUCCAGGAUAUACACGAUUUGUCUGUAUUUCUGAUACUCACUCAAGAACUGAUCCCAUCCAAAUGCCAUAUGGAGAUGUGUUAAUACAUGCUGGUGAUUUUACUGAGCUGGGACUUCCUAGUGAAGUAAAAAAAUUCAACGAGUGGCUAGGUAGCCUGCCCUAUGAAUACAAGAUUGUGAUAGCAGGAAAUCAUGAAUUGACCUUUGACCAGGAAUUCAUGGCUGACUUAAUCAAGCAGGACUUUUACUAUUUCCCCUCUGUUUCUAAGCUGAAGCCAGAGAGCUAUGAAAAUGUACAGUCUCUUCUAACAAACUGCAUCUAUCUUCAAGACUCUGAAGUGACGGUGAGGGGAUUCAGAAUAUAUGGCUCCCCUUGGCAACCUUGGUUUUAUGGCUGGGGCUUUAAUCUUCCACGAGGCCAAGCACUAUUAGAGAAAUGGAACCUUAUUCCAGAUGGAAUAGAUAUUCUUAUAACACACGGACCACCUCUCGGUUUUCUAGACUGGGUUCCUAAGAAAAUGCAACGGGUGGGAUGUGUUGAGCUGCUGAACACAGUCCAGAGACGAAUACAGCCAAGGCUUCAUGUUUUUGGUCAUAUCCAUGAAGGUUAUGGUGUCAUGGCUGAUGGAACCACCACCUACGUGAAUGCAUCUGUGUGCACUGUGAACUACCAGCCACUUAAUCCGCCUAUAGUUAUUGACUUACCUACUCCAAGGAACACAUGAUUAUAAUGAGGAUUUAAAGUUGUACCCAACACAUUAGCAACUUUAUAUUGCUGGCUGAGAAUCCCAAUAGGGAACCAUUCAACAAAAAAAGCAAAAUCCUUCUUUUUUUUCCCUGCUAGCUCUUCACAGAUAAAUUUAGAGUAACAAAAGUGGACAAGGACAAAGACAUUUUGGUGCCAGAGACAGAUUAAAGACUUACAUUUCACCAUUAAAAUGUUUGUGAACACAGAAAAGUGAAUGCAUUCCACAUAUAUAUAUAUAUAUACAUAUAUAUAUAUCUAUAUAUAUAUAUCUAGUAGGGGCUUUUGUACAUACCGUAUAUUGGACUCAUUAAAAGAACAAUGUCUUUCAAAGGACUGUUUCUUUAAGAAAGUUUGCAGUUUAAACAUAAGUGUUUAGACUAGGAUUUCCUCAUUUCAAAUGUUUUCCAGUGAGCUCUUGGUAAAGUGAAAAUGAUGGUAAAGAUGUUUUCCCUUAAUCAAUGUGAAAAUAUAAAGGACGGUGCACAAAUGACCAGUCUCAGGAGGAAAGCUGUUUCUCCAAGUCCUCCAGGUCUAAGUCUUUGCAUCUAUUCAAAACCAAUGCAAUAGAGGCCCUAAUUCACUGUACUGAAAUGAAGUUUUACUGCAUCUGGCAUUACAGAUGGCAAGGGAAAUGGUGCAUAUUGCCAGCAUGCUGUAAACAGCUCAACAUUCAAGAAGGGAGACUGUGUUAAGUGCAGUAUAAACUCAGGAAUUUGUAACCUGGCCUCGCCUGUUCAAAAAAAGAAAAAAAAAGAAAAAGAAAAAAAUAGAUGACAUUUCCCUUAUAAAAAAGGAAGGAAAAAUAUAACUGUUUUCAUAUAGUAAAGCGAUAUGUGAUUGUAUUUAAGGAAAAAAGAAAGAGAAAACCUGCAAAGAGCCCACCCAAUGAUCAGUAAUGGUAUUUUAAAUAAAACCCACUAGGGCCAUUGGUUUAAAACCUGCUAAGGGGACGUGCAAACAAUGAUGAGAUUAUUGGUUUGAAUUUGGCCCUGGUCAGGAGGGGUUAAAUGUCAUUGUGAUCAUUUUGUCAAGGGGAAGGCAUCAACCCCAAGGUGUACUUUGGGCGCUCACUUUUGGGUGGCUGUGAGUAAUGGGUACACACCAAAGUGUGCAGAGCAGAGGUCACCUCAGGGGACCUGGUACUGCUGACUGCCCACUCAUGGACACUGCUGAGAGAGGCCCAGCACAAACCCAGGAGAAACCCAUCUGUUGUGUUGUUUUUGGCACCAGGCAAAGCAGGGGACGUGUCAGGAGCUGGUUGGGAUGGUCCACAGCCAUAGUACUGCCCAUGCAGCUCUCCUGCAGUGUUAGCAGAGGUACUGAAGCUGUUGGAUUUCAGUCCUGUCCUAGGCAGAAGCUUAAGAAUUGAUUACAAAGCCACCAAAAAAACCCAGGGCUUCAGACAUGUCCUGCAAGAAAUGGAUUUUUGCUUUGAAAAAAACCGUCUUUUUGACUUGAUGGUGAUAAUUUAACUGCUGUAUUCUGAAUGUGGACAUCCUGAAUUUGGGGCUGACAGCAUCUAGACAUUAAUCUUGUUCACACACAUUGGGCAGACCACAGCACUGCCAGCUCAGAGUUGGUUGCAGCUCUGUGCAUAGCCCACACCUGCACACAUGCAUUGGAGAACUGUGUGUGUUACAUGGAUGUAAAUGUGAGUUGUAUGUAGCAGCUGCACGUACAUUAUACACAUAAACAAUUUAAAAUACCCGUGUUGCAAAAACCAGGCCAUGUGAGCUUUGACUCUGAGCAAAGUGGGCACAAGCUCUGCUUUUCACUGGCUUCCCACGUGCAGCAGCUUUUCCAGGUGCUGCCUGGAGCUGAGACACUCAAGCCCAGUAAGUGACUCAUGCUGUGGACCCACAAGAAGCCACCAGACCCUCAGAAAACAUGACAAGACUCAGGUCUGUCAUUUCUUGUAAUCUGUUGGGUGACCAUGUGUCUAAAUUAAUGUACUGCUUUUUUUUUUUCCUGAAAACAAAACCCAAAACAAUUGGUGACACCUACAACUGGUUUUUGGGUGAGUGGUUCACAAGUGCAUGAGCAGUCUGCCAUUAAUGCAGAUGGGGCCACUCCUGUCAGAGCUACUGGUGCAGAAAUUUCAGGAUCAGCUCCUAAAUCAGUAAGAACUGAAAUUCAUAGUUGAAUAUGAACUCCUGUCAUCAUUGGGAAGAUGAACAAUAGCAUGUAGAUAGAAUAAAAGUGGCUUAGCUAGUCACAAUUCAAGUGGUUUGCAACAAAUGUGGCAGGAAAUUGGCUGCAUGUUAAAGUCUGAAAUGUUUACAUUCGCUCACGGCACUUAAAUGUUAAAGUGAAGGGAAGAGGUCCUUUUAUUAGCCUCAGCAAAAUUUCUAUGUCAACCAUAAAAUAUUAUCUUUAAAAUAAUUUUUCCUAAGGUAUCUUCCAAAUACUGUGUAUUUUUAUGUGGAAAGGAUAUGAAAGCAACUGUUUCUUCAAAAUAUCAUUUAAAGUACUUGAGAUAUGAAAGCUGAAAGAUUAUUUAAUCAUUUUGGCAUAAUUUGAGUGUUGUAAUUUUUCGUCAAGCAUGUUAGAAAAAUAAAGUCUUUAAA